AUGAAAUUAUUUCUUCUUCUUUACGCGUUCGCAGCCGUCACACGAGCGGCUGAUGAUCCAUCGACCACAGCUCAUGACGACGGAGACGUGGUCGCUGGGCCCCAAGAUGCUAAACUCCAAGUUGUCGGCCUUCAAGAUUCUAUCAGCGUCGCUGUGGAAGGCAAGAACGUGAAUGAAGAACACAGGAAGAUCAUGGCCAAGAUCGGCCUUAAUCAAGUGGAAGAACAUAUGGAGAGGGUGAAGAGCAAGGUGAAGGAUGAAAAUAUUCAGGGGGGCGAAAUGAAGAUGCACCUAACCGUCCCGGACAAGAAAUACGUCGAACAAGAGGCUUUGCAAAACAAUGCUGACCUGAUGAGGACAGAGACAAGAGAGGGUAUGACAGCGAAGCAAAAUGAACUAAACACUGCUAAGGAUCUUGCUGCUUCAAAAGCCAAAGAGAUUCUGGUAGGCCAGGGGGCACAAGCGAUAGUCCUUGCGGUCGCCGCUCGCGAACAUCCUGUUACUGUACCCGGGGAGCAUUCGGGCAAGCACAUUAUGAACGCUGAUGGCACUACCACCAUUCAAGGCGUCUCAGCACCUCAGAAACAAACCACAGCUGAGUACCACAAAAAAAGGCGUGAAAGAGAGAGGCGCAAACAUCCACCGAAGCGGCCAGCGCAGGACCAACUAGCACAGGACCAACCAGCACAGAAACGGCCAGCACGGAUUCUACCAGCCCUGAACCAACCAGCCCAGAACCAACCAGCACGGAACCAACCAGCCCAGAACCAACCAGCACGGAACCAACCAGCACGGAACCAACCAGCGCAGGACCAGCUAGCGCAGGACCAGAUAGUGAAAGAUGCAGAAGAGAUAAGAUCUGGUGCGCCAAGGCCCCCGCCAACGGACAAGGAACUCAGCGACGCAGUGAAGGAACUCAAGCAACAAGCGGCAGAAUGGGGAACAGACACGACCGGCAGCGGUGAGUCGUGCUCGGUCAGCUACGGCCCACGGGGCCUACAACGAAGAGGUUGCGGUGCCGCCAAUGCGAAGAAGAGCCCAGCAGCGAAGAGUCCGGCAACUGUGUUGAACAAGCACCCAGGCCCUAAGCCUGCAACGGGGCCUGGGAAGAAGUUAGGAAAGCAAGAGGGCAGGAAGUCUGGACGGCCUCAUGGAAAACGACCAGCAAUUCAAGGAGCAAGGAGCAAGGGGAAGCAGUCUUCCAGAAAGCCCACCGAAAAGCAGACCAAACAGGCACCCGGCAAAUCUGGUGCAAGAAAGGCCUUCAGUACUGAAAAGGUACCCGUCAGAGGCAGGCACAAGAAAAACGCUGCCCAGGGUGUAAUGAAGGCUGGGGGCAAGAAGAAGACGGCUAUCCCUAAAAAGGAACGAUGCUAUCUCAAAGAAAUCACACAGGAAGGCUAUUCUUAA